UUGACGCGCCUGUGUUGACUUGAGGGGUUCUUUCCCCCAGCAGGAUUUCCUGCUUUGUCGCUGACAUGUUAGUUUCGAGGCGACCGGACGAAGCUGCUCCGCUUGUCUGAUCGUCUCUGGCCUGAAGCGGUGAACUUUCCGCUCGCCGAUAACAGCACCAGCGGGUUCCGGGCGAAAAGUUAACCAGCGGCUUCGCAGCUGCGCUCAGUGUGGCAGAGUUCUCCGCUCCUCGGAAAGGCCUUCGCAAGCCAUCCUCUCGUUCUGCCGUGAGUAACGAAGCAAAAUAAUGGCCCAGCAUACCUCCCAUUUCUGCAUGGUCGGUGACAAUAUCCUCACUCUCAACCUUCAGCGGACCAAAUGGAAUUGAAAGGAAAUAAAUAAAGGAGCACUCGGCUGUUUGGCAGCAAGGGACAGAUUUUGAGGAUCAGAAGCUGGAGGAGACGUCGGAGGAAAGGGAGUCGGACAAAACAAAACACCCGUCCACAACCAAAGCAGCACAAAUAAAUAAAAGGACGAAACUCAUGGUAUGCUUGUGGAUACAGUCAUUCAGUACUGAGCGGUGAACGUCGGCGAGACGUAAACCGAGCGCCACUCAUGUUUUCAUCAAGUCAAGAAGAUCACACUGCGCCCACCAAGGAUCCCGUGAAGUAUGGAGAACUCAUCGUCCUGGGAUACAAUGGUUCUCUUCCAAAUGGAGACAGAGGGCGCAGGAAAAGCAGAUUUGCUCUUUACAAACGAUCCAAACCUAAUGGAGUCAAGCCCAGCACAGUGCAUGUUAUUUCCACUCCCCAGGCUUCCAAGAACUGUGGAUGUUGGAAGUCAGAAACAAAAACACAAAUUGCUGGAAAAACUCUGCAGGCAGUCAGUUGUAAAGGGCAACAUAGCAUCUCAUAUACACUAUCCAGAAACCAAACUGUGGUGGUAGAGUAUACUCAUGACAAGGACACAGACAUGUUUCAGAUUGGGAGGUCCACAGAGAACCCUAUUGACUUUGUGGUGACGGACACUGUUUCUGGUAGCCAGAGUAAUGAUGAGAUGCAAAUUACUCAAAGUACAAUCUCUAGAUUUGCGUGUAGGAUAGUUUGUGACAGAAAUGCGCCGUACACUGCUCGGAUUUAUGCCGCAGGAUUCGAUUCAUCAAAAAAUAUAUUCCUUGGAGAAAAAGCUGCUAAAUGGAAAAAUCCUGAUGGCCACAUGGAUGGGUUAACGACUAAUGGAGUAUUAGUGAUGCAUCCUAGGGGAGGCUUUACAGAAGAAUCCAAGCCUGGGAUAUGGCGGGAAAUUUCUGUUUGUGGAGAUGUGUAUACUCUAAGGGAAACAAGAUCAGCGCAGCAAAGAGGGAAACUGGUGGACAAUGAAACCAAUGUUCUCCAGGAUGGCUCACUUGUUGAUCUUUGUGGAGCAACACUUCUGUGGAGAACAGCAGAUGGCUUGUUCCAUACUCCAACCCAAAAGCACAUUGAGGCUCUUCGACAGGAGAUAAAUGCUGCUAGACCUCAGUGUCCAGUUGGGCUUAACACUCUAGCAUUUCCCAGCAUUAAUCGAAAAGAUAUUGUGGAAGAGAAACAGCCCUGGGCUUACCUCAGCUGUGGUCAUGUCCAUGGUUACCACAACUGGGGCCAUCGUAGUGACACAGAAGCCAAUGAACGAGAAUGUCCUAUGUGCAGAACCAUUGGACCAUAUGUGCCCCUUUGGCUAGGCUGCGAAGCUGGAUUUUAUGUGGAUGCAGGACCUUCUACACAUACAUUUAACCCAUGCGGACAUGUGUGCUCUGAGAAAACAGCAAAAUAUUGGUCUCAAAUUCCAUUACCCCAUGGUACUCAUGCAUUCCAUGCAGCAUGUCCUUUCUGUGCUAUACAACUAAAUGGAGAGCAAAGCAUCAUUAAACUAAUUUUCCAAGGACCAAUUGACUGAUGAAGAUUUGAACACGGGCAAAAAAAAACUCUUUUGGGAAAUACUGUGAAAAUAAUCUGCUACUGUAGCUGGAUGUUCACUUGGCGGAUGAUGGACAUAAUUAUUUUUGGAGGAAUUGGGAGGGCAAGCAGUUUGGUAUGGGAUACAGUUAAAUGUGAUGUGGAUAAUAAUGAUUAAUAAAUAUUUUACGGGUGCAGAAUUUGGACAGCCAUUCGUAAAAGCUACAACUGAAAAAAUAAAAGUUACCCUUUUGCUCUAACCUAUUUUGCUACAGUGUGCCCUUUGUAUAGUUUUAUAAUUUAUAUGAUUUUAAUAUAUUGCGUGCAUAUUGAAUGACUUGUCUCGGUAAAGCUGUAAAUCAUUUUAUGGCUUUUGCGUAAACAUGGCAGUAAAGUAUUUACUUGUUUAGAUUUGCUGUCUUUUAGCAAGAAUGUAUAGCGAUGAUCUGCUCAUUGACUAUAAUUUGAUUUCAUUUCUCAGGUGUGCAGAUAAAUGAUUAGCUAAAUUCUGCACCAGAGAUCAGUGGCAAGGUGGAUAUUUGUCAUAAUACUGAAGUAUUCUUCAAAAGCUUUGCACAUCUUUUGCAGAAAUGUUUCUAAAAUUCAAUGCAAUAUUGUACUUUGAAAAUAUUCUAAUUUUUGAAUGAUGAAAUGAGCUGUGAUGCCCUAUCCGCACGUCAACGAAAAAAUUGUUACAAUUUAAUUGAAACUGAAUGAAUAUUUGUUUUAGUGUUUUGCAAUCAUUUUCCAUUUGAGUUGCAUCUUCAGUGUGCCAUUAAAUACUAGAUGAAAUACCAAUAAUUGCUGCAGAUUCCAGUCUGUUGCCUCUCAGUUGUGUACUGUUCAGCUCUGCUGUAUAAUGCAUUACUAGUUUCAAGUACAAUGUUUACAUAAUUGCCAGUAACAACUCUGCAACUUUUAUUGAUUGUCAUUGUACAAACGAGUGAAAUAGCAGCAUGAAUGUUGACAGUAACAGCUGUGGACAUACCUCCUGGAAAAUUGUGGUAAAUUGAACUAUUUGCAGAGUUUAAUCUAUAAUUUAAAAUAGUUGACAGCUAACCUGUUAGUAAUGCAAACAUAACAUUUAUGGAUCUUUCCUUUUUCAGGAUUAUUUUGUAAUUUUUUUGAGAGGAUAUAUAAGUUAAUAUGUAAGAAAGUUGUGAUGCAAUUUGGUUUAAUACUGGCUCCUUUAAAUUGAGUGAAAAUAAUCAUGGUAAACACAAAAUUAUUGCUUCAGGUCCAAAAAAAACAUGCGGUUCUCAUUCCCACUAUUUAUUUUGUCAUGACUUUUGAGGAAACCCUAAAAACGUGUUGUCAUCACAAAAGUUUUGGUUGAAACAGAACUUCUUUAACCAGUCUCAAAACAGAUGCACACCUAAUUUAAUUUAUAAAACUAGUUUGAUGUAUACGAUGCUUGCAACUGUUUCAUUGAGGUCUAGUUACAGAUUUUCAUAUCUGGUUUGUUAUAUGCAAUUGUACUGUUUAUUUGCUUAUUACGAACAGAAUAAUUUUGAAUUGAGUAAUGAGCUUCUUAUCAUGGUGUUAUUCAUGUUUUAUUGCAUUUUCUUGAUUUAAAUGUAAAUUAAAGUCGAGUGACAAGAUUUUGCCCAUUAGAUUCAUAUAUUUUAAACUUGUACUAUCACUGGUACCUUUCACUGCAAGUGAUUUUAUUUUUCUUCAGUCCAAUUAAGAUUAAUAUAUUUACUCUCCAUUUAUAUUUUAUAACACUGUUGGUUGUAUAUAAUUUAGCUGUUGCCAUUUUCAAAGGAAAUACACAAGAUACUAAAAGGCUUUACCUGUAUUUAUUUCCAAUAUGCAUAUAGAAAGUUUAGUUCUGUUAUUACUAAUGAAGUUAUUAUAGUGAGGUGUUGAGUACUGAACAAUACCAUGAUAACUCUUGCUGGCAAAAUUUCAGCUAAUGUAGUAUUACACAAUAAUCAAGCUUCUUUAAAAAAUGGGGAAAAUGUUGUAGUUAAUUUUUAUCACUAACAUGCAUAAACAUCAACCUUGUCACAUGACUGGAGCUAAUUCCCAUCUGUUGUAACUUCUUUGCUAAUUUAAUGCCAGUAAAGACAUGGCCUUUUUGAUCAUUUAACCUACCAGUGUUAAUUUCUAUACAUACAGAAUGAAAAGCUUUCUGUUUAACUUAAUGUGAAUUUUGCCUCUCAAGGUGUAUGCACAUUGAGAUUUCUCUAGUUAAAAUACAAUAGCUUUACUUAAAUUUGGUUUGGAAAGAAUUUUGUUGGUACCUAAGGUGCAAACUGAUUUUUUGUGAUGUAUUAUCACAUGCUAAUAAAGGCUUUUUUC